AGCGUAACCACAGCAAAUGAGUGCUUCGCUCUUUGCUUGCAGAUUCCUGCGGCGUUAUGGUGAUACAGGUAAGAAACGGAGAAUUCCUGUGCAUUUUCCAUGCACUAACCGUGGCUAAGGUGCACGAGGAAAAAGGUACAAAUAGCGCAGCAACGGCAGGAAGGGCAUCAUUCAGCCACAGAACGCGGCAGUGUCAGGACAGCAAGACGCCAAGACAAGACACUAAGUUUAAGAAAAUUUUUCUCGAAACAAAUUUCAUUCAACAUAUCGCGAACCACAAAAAUGGCACUCGGCAGCAUCACCAGCAACAGCCAACAUCCCUACCAAAGACCGCAAACGCUGUGCGGCACAACACGCAACAUGUACCAGUCACAGCCGCGUGCCAUCGCACCUGCACCACACACACCGCCAGCCGCACCGAAAGCGAUGGACGAGAAAUAUUGCGCCAGCGGCACCACGCUCGACUCCAACAAUCCCUCGGUGGUGCGGCGUAACGCACGCGAGCGCAACCGCGUCAAACAAGUGAACAACGGUUUCUCGCAUCUGCGCCAACACAUACCGCCCGCGAUUAUUGCCGACCUGAGUAACGGUCGACGCGGCAUUGGACCCGGCGCGCACAAGAAACUCUCCAAAGUCGAUACGCUACGCAUGGCUGUGGAAUAUAUACGCCGUUUGCAGCGCGUUAUCGACGAAGUGGACGGCAAGCGUGCGAUUACGGUGUGCGCACCAGCGCCACCACAAACACCGACUUGGUCCAAUAUGCCAAGCAGCGCGCACAAUUCACCACCACCAACGCCACCUAAGUCUAAUAUGCAAGCAACGAUGUUCGCUGAUAAAAUACAACAACACUACCAAACACUCAACUAUGCUGAUAACAUGCAACAGCAGCAGCAACAACAACACAACCAACUCAUUAACCUCAAGUAUCAACAGCCGCUAAUGCCGCAACAGUAUUUCCAACAGCAUCCUGCUUUGGUAUCACCAGCUGGCUCGGUCAGUUCGAGCACCGGCAGCGACUACAACAACUCUGAUGCCUCAUUAUACUACACCCAUUCACCAACUGCCUUGACGAGUCCAACGCAGUUUUCGCUGCCUCUGCAAAUGAAAUACGAACAGCAGCAGUACAGUGAGGAAGCCGCGGCGUGUAGCUCGGGCGAAGAGGAGGAUCUGCUCGACUACAUCUCGCUGUGGCAGGAUGAGGUGUAA